CACACUGUUUUGAAAGAUAUGUUCCGUAAUGUCUACUGUUCUAGGUGGAAAGAUACCGAAGGAUUCCUUGACGAUCUAUCUGACGACUACCCGCCUGUCCUUCUCUUUGUAUCUGUCCAUAUGCUGCAUCUCGGCGCUCGGCAUCGCCCUCAGCAUAUUCUUCCUUGCCUUCAACAUUCAUUAUAGAAAGAUACGCAUUGUGAAGAUGUCGUCGCCUCGCCUGAACAACGUCAUCCUUUUCGGUUGUGUACUCCUCUACAUCACAGUGUUCUUAGAGCAGACAAAUAAUGAGCUUGUGCCAGCCCUGUGUCUUUCCAAGGUGUACCUCCUGACGCUGGGCUUCUCCAUGGCGUUCGGUGCUUUGUUCGCGAAGACCUGGAGGGUGCACGUUAUCUUCACGAACGCCACGAAACAGAAGAAGGUCCUGAAAGACAGUCAACUGUUUAUGAUGGUCGGAGUCCUGGUGGCAAUCAACACAGUGGUUCUACUCAGUUGGACCUUCAUUGACCCACUCGAGGUCAUUAACAACGACCUUGACCCAGUUGUGUACGAAGACAGAGACAUCGAAAUACGGAGUCACGUGCAGACGUGUACGUCGACCAAUCAGAUCUACUUUGUUGGUACUCUGUUCGGAAUACAGGGGAUCCUACUGCUGCUGGGGACUUUCCUCGCCUGGGAAACCCGGAAGGUGAAAAUUGAUGGUUUGAACGACUCUAAGAUGAUUGGUCUCUGUAUCUACAACGUCAUAGUGCUGAGCUUCCUCGGGGCCACCGUCUCCAUGACCCUGGGGUCGCAGCUUGACCUCAACUAUGCCUUGACCUCGAUCAUCGUAAUCAUCGCUACAACCGUGACCAUGUGUCUCAUUGUUGUACCCAAGAUCAUUGCGGUCAGGACAAAUAGAGUUGACGUCGUCGAAACUACGACUGCCGCCGCCGCCACUGCCGGUGCAACGAACACCAUGCAAAGCAACGUGCACGCCGCUAAAAUAAACAUUCUGGAGCUCCAACUAAAGGAGAAAGAUAAAGAGAUAGAGCAGCUGAAGGAGAAGCUGGAUAGAGCUCUUGGUGCGGUGGUGGCCAAAGGAGAAGACGCUUGACCAGUACCAGAGGUCAAUGAAUACUGGAAGAGGCCAAUGCUGAGAACUGGACGAUUUCUUUGUUACCAAGAAAUAUGGCAACGUUGAAAUUCUCGACAGGGAACCAGCCUCCUCUUGAUUCACAUCGAAGUGUACAUACUCGCCCUCUGUGUGAGCAAACGAGGGGAUGCCGCUCUGAGCCGAAGUCCGCAAUAUCUUCACGGCGUUCUGUGAGUAAUGGAGUUUAGACAGGAAAACCAGAGCAACGAUCCGUACCCUCUUGGUUACGUUGAACCGCAGUCAUCAAAGUCGCAUCUGGUCGAGUUUAGUCCACCUUCACGACCAGUAGCCUGCACCUGUUUAACCUGCACAUGGCUUCCAAUGUCUUAGGACCCAUAUAUUCUUCCUUCCCGUAAACAUUCACACGGAUAGCUUAGUACUGAGGACAUUGGACCCUAAUAUACCAGUUAGUCACUUUAUAAACACAUCAGACAUGAAAACUAAAUUUACACCUGUGGACUUGAACUUUGUCAUGAUAUACAUGGCUCUGCAUGGCGUUCAUAUCCACCUGGACGGUGGGGUAGUCUAGUGGUUAAAGCGGUCGCUCGUCACGCCGAAGACACGGGUUAGAUUCCCUCAUGGGUACAAUGUGUGAAGCCCAUUUCUGGUGGCCCCCGCCGUGCUAUUGCUGGAAUAUUGCUAAAAGCAGCGUAAAACCAAACUAACUCACUCAUGUCUACCGUACAGAGGCCGCAAACCUGUAUGUCCCUUGCCCAGAGAGAUACGCCGAUGCCAGGUCUCAAAUGCUGUACUAGUUUGAAAGUGCUCAAUAGUGGUAGCUGUUUCAUCAUUGUAAAUAUUGUAUUUCUUUGUUCGACCUUCAGAGAUUGUGUAUUCUUAACGUAAUAAAAUAAUAUGCCAGUCUCUA